AUGAAGAUUAAAGAUCUCUACAUCUACCCGGUCAAAUCCCUCCGAGGUUGCAGUGUCCCAACGGCAACACUAACCCGUCACGGUCUAAAACAUGACCGCAAAUACAUGAUCGUUCGCAUAACCCCCAGCGACUGCAAUAACAACGUUGACAGCAAUAAUAAUAAUGUCAAUGGCAGCACAGGUGGGAAAGGAAAAUAUACCUACGAAAGCCAAUACGUCGGUCGUGUAGACUCCCUCUGCCUAUUCAGCGCCAGUAUCUUACCAAACUACGAGAACGCGGAAGUUAUCCGUGUGACGUAUAAUACACCCGUACCCUCAUCAGGGGCGAAUGAGAAGGAGAAACAGGAAGAUAAUGGUGGUGAUGAUGGUGGGAAUCCAUACAUUGAGUUCCCCAUUAUCGCAGACUACAAGAAUCUGGUAAAAGUGGAUUUGAGUAUCCACCUAUCGGAUUGUGUGGGGUACGAUAUGGGACCCAAAUACCAGGAAUUUUUCACAAAGUAUCUCGGAUACCCCGCGAAACUGGUCUAUGUGGGUGAUAGUACCAGGGAGGUAAAGGGAAACCUGGCGCCGAAUCAGACGCAUUUGACGAAGGAGAAUGAUUUCGAUAGCGGCCCAACAGCGGGGUCGAAUGACUGGUUUAUAUUUGGACUUUUCACAUGGAUUUUAUGGUAUCUUUUGGGAUGGAAUAAAAACGAUAUUGAAGGUCAUUCGAAGUAUACGAUACAAUUCGCUGAUGUGGCGCCCGUGCUCGUGACGUCUACCGUUAGUUUGGAAGAGUUGAAUAGUGGGAAAGGGGAGGAUGGGAAGAAUGAACUGGUAUUGGAUAUUACGAAGAUGAGGUCGAAUAUUGUGCUUGAGCCUUCGACUUCAAAUGAGAUGACACCAUUUGAAGAAGAUUAUUGGGCUGAGUUGGAGGUUUCUAAUGGGAAGAGUGGUGAUGAUGAAGAAGAAGUUGGUGAUAGAAAAGAGGCUAGGAGGAUCAUACUCACGGGAAACUGUGGGAGAUGUAAGAGUUUAAACGUGGAUUACGAAACCGGGAAGCAGUUACCGGUUCAUGGACAGAUGUUGAAGAGGUUGUCGGAUAUGAAGAGGAGAGUGGAUGCUGGGUAUGGGUAUUCGCCUAUCUUUGGGAGGUAUGGGUUUAUUGAGAAGGGUAGUUUGGAGAAGGAGGUUAAGGUUGGAGAGGAAGUUACGGUUACGAAGAAGAAUGAGGAGAGGACGGUGUUUUAUUGGCCUGGAUUAUCGAGUGGGACGAAGCCUAGAAAGUAA